GAUCCGGAGGGUCCCGGCGGAUCCCGAGGAUCCCGGUGACAGCGGGGGCGGCCCCGGGCGCGGCCCCUUCGUGCCCUCAGCGCGUCUCGGGGCGCUGGGCGCGGCCCUCACCCCGCGUUGGCUCCUCCUCGCCGGUAUCCAGGGACGCGGCUCCGUUGCUGAGGGGCUCCGCCGGGCCCGGCCAUGGUGCGGCUGCACGUGAAGCGCGGCGGCGAGAGCCAAUUCCUGCUGGAGGCGCCGGGCAGCGCCCGCCUGGCUGAGCUGGCGCCGCUUGCCGCCCGCAUCCACAACGGGCGGCUGAAGGUGCAGCGCCUGUGCUCAGAGAUGGAGGAGCUGGCAGAGCAUGGUAUUUCGUUGCCUUACAAUAUGCAAGGACUGACAGAUGAGCAAAUUGGAGAGCUGAAGUUAAAGGAUGAGUGGGCAGAGAAGUGUGUCCCAAGCGGUGGGAGCAUCUUCAGGAAGGAUGAAAUGGGACGGAGAAAUGGGCACGCUCCAAAUGAAAAAAUGCAGCAGGUUAUAAAGAAGACAAUAGAGGAAGCCAAGGCAUUAAUCUCUAAGAAACAAGCUCAGGCCAACGUGUGUAUUAAUAUGGAGAUGGUGAAAGACGCGUUGGAGCAGCUCCGAGGGGCUGUGAUGAUUGUGUAUCCAAUGGGAUUGCCUCCACACGAUCCAAUUAGGAUGGAGUUUGAAGAUAAAGAAGACUUGUCAGGAACUCAUGCUGGACUUGAAGUUAUAAAAGAAUCAGAAGCACAGUUAUGGUGGGCAGGAAAGGAGUUGCAAGAAACAAAGUUGCUGUCUGACUAUGUAGGAAAAAAUGAGAAAACAACCAUCAUUGUCAAGAUCCAGAAAAAAGGACAAGGAGCUCCAGGGCGUGAGCCUGUGAUUAGUCAUGAAGAGCAAAAAGAGAUGAUGCUGUAUUACUACAGAAAGCAGGAGGAGCUGAAGCUGAGAAAACUUUCCGUAGGAUCCGAGUUUUUACCACAGUAUUUGUGGAUCUGCUGGAUUCAUUUAUUAUGGCUGAAAUGGAAUGAACUCACUGCAAAAAGAUUGAAGACUACAGGAACCUGGGAAAGCCUAUAGGUAUUUUAACUAUCCAGGGAUUUUGAGAUGACGAGACAGAAACACCACACAGAGUUUGCAUAUUUUCUUUUAAACUGUUUAUUUCUGGAAGUUUGAGAGCAGCUGUGCCCUUCCAGAGGGAAAACCCAUUCUUUGUCAAAGGACAUGCAGAGUGGAAUGUUGCUAAAAUGUUUGUUCUGUGGCCAUAUCACCAUCCUAAUGAAUGGAAGUGGUUUUCAGACCUAGUUUCACUCCUUUUCUCCUUUUCAGUUUUGCUUUCCCGGGUUGUCCUAGGCUCUGCUUUCACCCAGGAUUCGGAAAGAUUUAUUUACUGCUUCCUGCAACCUCACCCAGGGAUUCCUGGUGACAAACUCAGGGUAUUUUCAAGGCAGGAGUGGGGAGUCUGAACAGCCAUGCCAACAUUGCACGUUGCCUUCCAGCAAGUUUAGGUGUUGAUGUCAUUUCAUGUCAUUUCCAAAGGCAUGUUAUUCCCACAGCCACGUGUGUGGCAUGAACCAAAUAGUCCAUAAAACCGCCAGCUCUCCUCUGCAGUAUUUUCUCCUUAGGCUGCUCUUCUGGGAAGUUGCAGGGAUUUUACUGCUGUAACUCCAUCCAGCCCUGAGUGCCCUCCCCGAGCGCUGCUGCUGCCGCCCCAUGGCACCCUCCCAAAAGAUACCUCUGAGGAAAUGGAUUCCAGCUAUGGCACUUCUGGUGGAUUUUUCAGGGCUUGGGGCAGGUAAGUACAUUCCUCAUUAAUUCUCUAGUUUCUCUACUGGAUGCUUUUUUUGCAGAGGGUGUUUUUUCAGAAAGAUUGAAAUAACUUCUGUUUCUCAGGCUUUUCCAUGUUUGUCUUCACUCUGACUUCCAGACUGCUGUGAACAGUGAACAUUUGGGAAUGAGGUGAACCACUAAUUGAUAGCUUUCCCCAGUUAGACUUGGAAAGUUUAUGCAGAAAGAAUAAAAUAACAACCCAAAUUCAGAAUAUAAAUAGUUCAGUCAAGGGAACAAAUCCAGAGUGAAGCUUGACCUCCCAGCCUGGAGCAAAAGCUGCUUUCCCUACCCUACUGAGUUGCUCCUGGUGCUGGACUUCUGACAGGUUUUGUCACCAUGUCUGAGGAUCCACUUAAACAGGUAUGCAUUACUAAGCACCUUUUUUUUUUUAAUUCAAAACAGAUUCCCAGAGACUGUGGAAUGCUCCAUAUUGGGAAGGAGGCACCUGCAGGAAUCUUUUACUGUGCGCCUCCUGUUGUGGAGCCCAGCCCACUCUCCACAAUCCAGUUGGAUCAGUAAAAGGAAGAGGAUAGGGUUUUUUUGGCUAGUACGAUCUGUCAGCAGG